UCUCCUGAAGCUAUUAAAUUUUCUGCGUUUCUUCAGAUUUGCCUUUUAGUCUAUAGAAAAUACAUAUGUUCAGCCUUGCAGUAAUGGGAAGGGUAAUCAAUGGUGCCAACUCUGGAUCUUUCUUUAGGUGAGCUUUGCUUGGAGUCUGAGAGGUCUUGACUGUUGGCACUUUGAGAACAGAAGACCACUCAGCUGCUCGGCCAGUGCAAGCACUUCAUGACAAUCGAACAGAGGUCCAUGGGCUGUUCCAAGGAGCAUGUUUAUGAAGGGGAACUACAACAUUCUUUAUGACAAGUAAAAAGUGUUGAAUGUUGUGCACUUGUGCCCACAUUCAGUUAGCCCGUGUAGAGAUCGAAAUCUACUCACUUUGCAUGCAUGAGAAAAUGACUGGGAUCGGUCGGAGGAUCAAUCAGGUAGUUGUACACAAAUCUAUAUAUAUAAAUCUGAAAAUAACUGUAUUAGGAUGCAAUGUUUGGUCAUGGUUUUUGUCCAGAUUUGUAAAGGUUUCUCGACUCCCCCAAGUUGCACGUCAAAACCUGGUUGCUUAAGGUUUUAAACUGUUUUAGUUGCUAGAACAAUGACUCAGGUUUGCUGAUUCUUUGUCUUUCAAGCUUUUUACUUUAUCUUACCAUAUAAUUAAAGUCAGUAUUACAAGAGCUUUCAGCCCCAUAGCAGUUAUAUAGAAUUCAUUAGAACUUCUAUUCUGGCACCCAACCUUGAAUAGCAUUACGGUUUUUUUUUUUAUAUUAUUCCUUUGAAAAAAAGCAUCUAAUAGUAUGUGGAUAUGUUUAGUUCAAGAAGUGAUGUUUCUAAUACUUAUGACCUGGUAUGUUUUGCAAUGCUACUGCUUAUCUUUUGUUUAUAUAUUUUUAGAAAGUGUUAGGUCUGUGCUGCCUGAAGGCUUUUUGUACUUCAUAACUGAUCGAGCUCUCAUAUAGACAGGUGACAUAGUAUUUCAAUAGAAAACAAAUAGGGUCUUCUUACUUGUGUUCAGUAACACUCAAUAACAAUCCUAAUCAGCACAUAUGGAAAAUUUACACAUUUCCCUGGUCAAGCUUAUACCAAAUAAUAAAGAAUCUGAUUCAAGUAAUUAGAUUGAUGCACAGAUUUCCCUCAAGUUUAACCAACUAUUCUGGGUUUAGCAUUGGCUCUAUAUUGUUUUAGAUAAUGGCUAGGCCACAUCCCAUCGGGUGUUGUCCUUACUCUGUCUUUUGGAUCCACAUAUAGUAAUUGACAUGUAAAUUAUAUUCAUGGAUCAAAUUUGGGGUAUGCGUAGCCGCUAGUGAUUUUAAGGAAAUCUCUUCUACAUCUUUUUUAAGUCGCAGCUCAGAGAUGGUGCGAUGGUUUGGAUUCUGCAUGGAGGACUGUGGAGUGAUCUUUACUUCUGGAUAUAAAAACUUUCAUAGAAAAUUAUUAAUUUUACUUUUGCAAUAUGGAGUCAAAGUGUAAGUUUUAACUACAGAGACAUUAGGGGUAAUAUGACUAUAUAGCCAUUCUUAGUUGGUGAAAAGGCGUAUUAUAGGACUAUAGCGAUUCUUAGUUGUUCAGAUGCCAAUACAUUAUUUGACUAAAAAUCACUUGUUGAUGAUGAUUCACUAGGUCGGCAAAAAUGCUGGCUUUAGGUACCACUACCAAUGUUCAAUUGCCUAUAUAUAUAUAUAUGAAUCUAUUUAUUAAGAUAGAGAUAAGAAUAAAUCUUAAAGAGGUAUGAUCACUUCUUCUACACGGGGUCAUGGUCUGAUUCCUUCUUUUAUAAAAGCUGUAUGAACCAAAAUGAGGUUGAUGAGAUUUUAAAUUUUUGGUAGACUAGGUGGAUGAUGUAUAGAUAUUCUUUUUGUGUAGAAAAACUCGCAACUUAUAUGCACUGGAAAGUAUUUCAAUAACGCUAAACCUAAUAUACUUUGAAAAUAAAAACAUAGAAGUGUUAUACAAGCCAUAUUCAGUUGAUGAAGAUAAUUAUAUGUAAUCUAUUAUUUAACAAAUGUAAAUUAGCUUAAAUUGGUUUUUAGAAUUACAGGAAAAUAAGGCCAUAUUUACUUUUAUUGAUCAAACAAAUUUCCUGAUUUUAUUGCAGUUGAGAAGUUGGUGUAUAUAUACAGCCAAACACGCUGAACUGGCCAGCUGAAAAUACCUUAUGGAAUAUAAGUGAUGACUAAAGCGUAGCUAGAUGUCUUCUAAAUGGUUAUCAUCUGGCAUUUUAAAUUGUUUAGGCAGUGGGAGUGGCAUGACUACAAUAGUGUUCUUGAAGGACAGAGGUCCGGUAGUGCAAAACAGGGUAAACAUGCAGUUCAUUUUCUUGGGUGAAGGACUGCAUAAGAUUCCCAUCACAAGACAUCCAUUGCAAAGGUGGCCGAUGAAACUAGCGCAGUUCUAUUGCAGUUUUGGGGAGAACAGUGUGAUGCCUUGGAACGAGGUGAUAUUAUUCAUCUCAACCAUUGCAUGGUGUCAUAUAAUCACAACAGUAAUGUUGUUUUGGAGGAAUUCACCAAAGCUACAGGCCGACAGCUGAGACGCCAAACAUGAGUGAGAUUGUUUUGAUUUCUGAUCCCAAUAACUCCAAGAUAAUAGGAAGGAGGUUGUUUUAUUUGACACAGGAAUGUUUUUCCCAGUGGUUUAACUCUGUAUCAGUGAUGUGAGUUGCUAUUUUCUGUUGCAAAUAUAAAGGGAAUGUUUUACCUCUGCUUAUUACCUUUUGGCUUUUAGGCAACAUAAAUGCAGAUUGUCUAAUUCCGGGAAAACAAAAAUGGAGUUUAAGUUCUGUACUUCCAGUUUCCUGUGCGGAGACCAGGUUAGAAGACUGGUAAAAAUAGAAUAUAACCGCUGAAAUCUUUAUAAAAAAUGUGGAAAUAGGGAGGGCUGGCUGUUAAGUGAGCUCAUUGCCUCCCCCGAGUUAUUGGGGCGGGGAUCUCAAAGGCACCCAUUUCAGUAAUAGAAGACCCAUCACCUGCCCAACAAAGGCUGUAUAAAUCAUCUCAUCGACAAAGGCCGUACGAAGGUCGAGCUGGAAAACGUUGCAAGUGAUAUUAGAGCCACUCCAUUUAUGGCGCUGGGCGCUGGCAUUGCCAACAGUUUAACGACCGGAGGUAUAGGGGGAAGCAGUGAGUAAUCUCGAAAUGAAGGUUGCUGAAAUGGUGUCACAGCUUAACAAGCGGAGGUAUCAUGGACUCAUAGUAUGUAGCGAGUAAUCUCGACGGUCACUGAAAUGGUGUCAUACAGGUUGUAAAGAACAAUUUUGGGACUAUGAGAAACUCUUUGGUCGGAUCCUUGCUCUAGGGCCCAACACGAGUCUGUUAGGAAACAAGGGGGUGAUCUUGACUCGGUGAUCACUCGUUUAUAAGAGAAAUUAGCUCACUUUCGGGAACAACAAGGAGUUUUGGUUAAUAUGAUGGAGACCAAGACACUUUUCAGGCAGAGGUACGUUCGACGCUGACAAACUUACAAUCUUCUCAUCACAUUACAUUUGAAAAAAUGGAAGCGAGCUCUACUGAAGGAGCCAAGGAGGGUUGAAAUCAGAACAGUGACGGGUAGCCCAUAUAUGGGACGAGGAUCUUACGUAGGGGUUGGAUAAGAUGGAGGAACGUGGUACCAUGGCGACAUCGGAAACUCAACAUGUCUUCGUUUACGGUACAAAUCCUGAUGGAUGGAUAUUCAGAAUCGAUAGCUUGUCAGAAUUUGGAUUAGAGAGAUGCUGAAAUUUGCUGAGUUUUGCCUUGCAUUGCGCAGUGCAGGCUUAGUUUGUGUUGGGUUUUCGAAAUCUUGAGGAUUUGCGAAAUAUUUAUUGAUCAUUUCCCCGAAAUCAAUGGGAGAGUCUGGGAAAUGUAGAGGAUGGUUUGGGUGGAUACUUGUGUUGAUUGUAUUGGGUGUUAUUGCAUUUGCUAUUUAUAUGGUCAUUCAUGAGAAAAAUCUGUUUUCUGAUAAGGACUCGGCUGCUCCUGUUCCUGGUGCCCCUGGCGCCAUUAAUCGUAAAUACUCUGAUGCUCUCAAGGUUGCUCUCCAGUUCUUUGAUGUCCAAAAAUCGGGUAAAUUAGUGGAUAAUAAGAUAAAUUGGAGGGGAGAUUCAGCUCUUGAUGAUGGAAAGGAGGCCAAGGUGGAUCUUAGUAAAGGACUGUAUGAUGCUGGGGAUCAUAUGAAGUUUGGAUUUCCCAUGGCUUUCACUGCAACUAUUCUAUCAUGGAGCAUCCUCGAGUAUGGGGAUCAAAUGGAAGCAGUGGGUCAGUUGGAGCCUGCUCAAAAUUCCCUCAGGUGGAUCACUGAUUACCUAGUAAAUGCUCAUGCUUCCGAUGAUGUGCUCUAUGUUCAGGUGGGCGACCCAGAAGCAGACCAUAAAUGUUGGAAUAGGCCUGAAGAUAUGACCGAGAAAAGACCUCUUUCUCAGGUUAACACUUCUGCCCCAGGAUCAGAUGUAGCAGCUGAAACUGCAGCAGCAAUGGCAUCUGCAUCACUAGUUUUUAAGUCGAGUGAUUCUACAUAUUCAAGCUCACUUCUUAAGCAUGCCCAGCAACUAUUUACUUUCGCAGAUAAGAAUAGAGGUGCCUACAGUGAGAGCCUUCCUGAUGUGCAGACGUACUACAAUUCAACUAGCUACGGUGAUGAGCUCCUAUGGGCAGCUGCUUGGCUCUAUCAUGCAACAGGGAAUCAAACGUACAUGGCUUAUGUGACAGGGAAAAAUGGAAGAUCAUUUGCUAGGUGGGGUAAUCCAACGUGGUUCAGCUGGGACGACAAGUUACCUGGGGCUCAUGUUUUGCUUUCCAGAGUAGGCUUCUUUGGAGAUGAAUCCAGAUCAGAUAACGUCAAAAAGUACAGAGAAACUGCGGAGGCAAUUAUGUGCAACAUCCUACCUAAAUCUCCAAAAGCUUCAGACAGCAGAACAGAGAGUGGUCUUAUAUGGGUUUCUGAAUGGAACUCCUUGCAGCAGCCCAUGGCUUCUGCACUUUUAACAGUCAUUUUCAGUGACUACAUGCUGUCAUCCCGGACAGCAAAAAUAACGUGUGAUGACGAUUCUUUUUCACCUCUUGAUCUUCGACAGUUUGCCAUGUCACAGGUUGAUUAUGUCUUGGGCAACAAUCCGAUGAAAAUGAGUUAUCUUGUGGGCUACGGAGAUAAAUAUCCAAAGUACGUGCACCAUAGAGGAGCUUCUAUUCCGGCUGAUGAGAAGCCAACUUGCUCUGAGGGCUGGAAGUGGCUUGAUUCAAAAGAGCCUAACCCCAACGUUGCAGUUGGAGCACUAGUCGGAGGACCAUUUUUGAAUGAAACCUAUAUUGAUUCUCGGAACAAUUCAAUGCAAGCUGAACCAAGCACAUAUAACAGUGCCUUGAUAGCUGGUCUUCUGUCAGGUUUGGUUACUACCUCUUCUGUGGUUCGAUCCUUCACCUAAAGCAAACACCUAACAGAUUAUUCAAUCCAGAUUAUAUACAUUAUUUGUAAUUAAGCUCGAAACUUGGAUUGAAGUAAAUUUUAUAAACAAAUGCUUCAAACGUACCUCACGUUACAAGUAUAGUAUAUUCAUUGAGGUGACCUUUCACUCUAUCUAGUGUAAAUGGUCCAACAAGUGUUGGCACACAUCUCCUUACAUGAAAGAACUAACUGGGACAUGUAGAACAGCUCUAUGAACCAACUUUUU